AUGGAGCCAGACAUUUCUGUCGGGUAUAGCAUCAUCAAUGCAUUCUUCGGCACCUUCAAUGAUACUGGUAAUCCAACAUGCCAGUCUUCUCGGCACCUCUAUUUCAACUACCUUCUUGCGAGGAGUCUUGCCGAGAACACCGAGUUCAGUGCAUAUAUUCGAAGCCAGUUGACCCCAUACAUUAUCAGUGAUCUUAUUCGGCAAAUCCAAACAAAGACCCGAUGUGAGAUUACUGCCGAUCUCCUCUACAGCGUUCCUGAUGGAAGUGAACGCAAGGAGGAGGCUGUGAACACGCUUCUUACAUUCAUCGUUCGCGUGUGGCUGAUGUGUCGAAUUGGUGAUUUCCCGGGCGAGCCACGGCAGGGACAGAUUUCUGUCCCUUGGCCUGACAACUCGACUCUUUCCCAUGCAUUGGAAAGCCAUUUUCACAGAAGCACUACGGAUACACAUGAAGAACAGAUACAGUUGGAGAAAUCCUUCAAGGCUCGUAAUUUAGAGCGCUUUGGAGGGAUCCGAGUGAUCUGGACUUCCAAUCUGCCCGACCAUCUGCGAUUGUACGACCCGUCGGAUGACAACCACCCAUACCAGCUCCUAAUUUUCCACCACGUGAGGCUCCUGGAGUAUCAUCGAAAGUCCGAGAUUUUCCUGAUGGUUUAG